AUGUCACUUCUAUCAAUAUUAAGUUCUGGAUUUUCCAAUACGGUUUCUAUUAUACCGAUAUUACUGGUAGUAUACGUAUUGCACUUUUACUACAACUACUUUACACGUCCGAAUCCAUUACCAGGUCCCAUACCGAUUCCUAUAGUUGGAACUUUUCAUGUAAUAGGAACAAAUCCUUAUAACUGGUAUAUUAAAAAUACUGAAAAAGUUGGCACAAUCUGGGAAUUCUAUGUUGGGAAUAAGCGACAAAUAGUGGUCAAUCAUGUCAAAUAUCUUGAAAAGAUUUAUAAACCAUCUCCAAAAUUUUUUAGCAGAAUACACAUUCCUUCAUUUGAACAAUUUGGACUUCUCCAUGGAUUAGUAUUUGUUAAUGAUUAUAAUAAAUGGCAACGAAAGCGUAAAUUACUAGCCCCUUCGUUAUCAUCAUCUAAAUUCCUACGAAAAAUUAUCAACAGUGUUCAAAAACAAUUCAAAGAAUCUGAGAAUAGAUGGAACCUGAAUAUAAAUAAUGAAAAAGAAUUUGAUGUUAGUUUAUGGGCAAAGUGCAUUACAACAGAUCUUUCGAUCACUCAAGUUACAAAACUACCAUCUUAUAAUUUAGCUUUAUUUGACUCAAAUAAUGAAAUGAUUCAAACAGAAGAAGUAAAAAAAGUAUUAAAAUUUUCCGAUGCAAUAAAAAAUUUUCUUGCCAUGCUUCCAUAUUUCGUUCUCCUUCCUACAUUUUUAAUGGAUUAUGUUCCAGGUUUUAGAUCAAUUAGAAUAAACGCCGAACGUAGUGUUAAAUUUGUUUAUGGAAUUGUUCUCGAUGUAGUUGAAAAAAGAAGAAAAGAGCUUAACGAAGGUGCUGAGUUUGAAUCUGAUUUGUUAGAUCAUAUGUUGACAGCUCAUACACCGAUGAAUCCUGAAUAUAAAGAAGGUGAUAACAUAGCUCCAAUGACUGUUAAUGAAAUUAAAGCUGUUUUGUUUGACGUUCUUUUAGGAGGUGUUGGUCCGAUAAGCAGUGCACUCUGCUUCAUUAUAUAUAACGUUGCAAAAAAUCAAAAAAUUCUUGACAAAAUUCAUAAAGAAAUCGAACAAGUUAAUGGGUUGGAUCCAGAUACUGAAAUUACUUAUGAAAAUCUCACAAAAUAUCAUUACCUUGAAGCAUUGAUUAAAGAAGCGAUGCGUCACACUGUAAUCAUACCAUUUACAUUUAAAGUCUUGCAUGAAGAAGAAAAUAUUGCCGGAUAUAAUUGGUCAAACGGAACCAAAUUUUGGAUAGAUAAUCAAACUCUUUCGAAUAACCCUGAAUUCUGGGAUGAUCCCAAAUGUUUUAGUUCAGAUAGAUUUUUAAUUAAAUCUGAUGGUACUUAUGAUGUACCAAGAAAUUCUUUUGUUCCUUUCGGUGGGUGUUUCUUUUUACCUUGGCUAUGGGUUAUUAAUGUCGCUUAUAUGUGGCCUUUAAUAAAACGAGAAGACAUUGAUGUAUUUCAAUAUCAGAGAGGUGAGAAUGUACUUUGCUACCAUGGGCCCAUUACGUACCCUGCACAGAUUUUGGAUUUAAGAAUUAUCUACGAAAACGAGGGUGGUGAUGUCGGACCACAAUAUCGAAUACAUUACAAAGGAUGGAACAAAAAAUGGGAUGAAUGGGUUUCUGAAUCAAGAAUUCUUAAGAUGACUGAAGAAAACAUUGCGGCUACGACAAAAAUAAAGCAAAUUCAUUCGACACCUCAGAAUAAUAAUUCUUCUUCAGUUUUUGUACAAAUUGAAUCGAUUGAUGAGAUGAUGUUUCCCAAUACAACUACACAAACCGAGCAAAAUUCCAAAGCAUCUAAUUUUAAAAAUCGCAUCUUAAAACGUACUGUCGAUCAAGGGCAAGCAAUAGCAAGCACAUCAGGCAAAAAUGCGAAAAGGGCAAAAAAGUGCAAGAUUUCUGUUGAUAUUACGGAUGAAGGAAUGCUUCGACUUGUUGAUGAAUGGCAAUGGAAUACUAAAAACCAACUUCUUGUUUAUCCUAUGCCACGACCCAAAACUGUUAAUGAUAUUUUGGAAGAAUUCUUUGAUUUCAAAAUGGAGAAGCUUAAAGAACAAAGUAAAAUGUCUAUAGGCAGAAAUAGAGGACGUAUAACUAAAACACAAGAAAUAGCAACGAGAGAUGUAACAAAUGGUAUCAAACAAUACUUUAAUGAAGCACUUCCAAUAUGUUUACUUUAUCGAUUUGAACGUCAACAAUAUGUCGAAAUGACAGAAAAAUAUCCAAAAAAAGAAAUGUCAUCUAUUUAUGGGGCUGAACAUUUGAUGCGCCUUGUUGCCCAAACCGACGCACCACCAUCGCAGUUGAGAGUUCCAUUAAGCCCUAAACGAGUUUUCAAAGUAUUUUCAUACCUGCUUAAUUGCUUGUAUGAAAAUUUAACCGGUCCAUUUAUUCCAUCAAUUCUUCAAUAUGGUUGGCAUAAAUUAUCCAGUCAAAGAAAGAAACUAACUAUCAGGAAAAAUAUUAAAUAUAGCUCAAGGAAUCGUCUUGAUAUAUACUUCCCUGAUCGGACUUCCACAACCACUUUCAGGAAUAGCCAAGUUUUUUCUGAGCAUCCUGGACUAUCCCAAAGUGCAAAUAUGACAAGUUCAUCUUAUAUUGAAUCUCCUGUUAUCAUUUUCAUUAGUAGUUCCUGGAUUUCCGGUAAGGAAAGAUUACCGAAAUGGUUUCCGAUGUUCAACAAUGCAUUCAAUGGACAUAUAGUCAUAUUAGGCACGCAAUUCCGUGGUGAUCCUUCACAGAUCUAUCUUAUGGGUCAUUCCGCAGGGGCGCUCUUGUCUGCUUUAACGGUGAUUCACGAUGCUUGCGCCACUUUGCACGCACUUCCGAUUAACACAACAAAUGUGAAAAUUCCCGUUUGCGGCCAUACUAAUGGAAGGGCUGGGUUGCCUAGAAUUCAAGGGCUAAUCUUGUUCUCGGGUGUUUAUGAUACAACUUAUCACUACGCAUAUUUACAUCAACGAGGUCUUGAACAAGUGCACGCCAUGCCACGAGUAAUGGGAAAUACAUCAGAAUCUUUACUUCAAUGUUCACCUACUUAUUUACUCAAUUAUGCUUUCAACAAUUCACAACACCGUACUCAGCUAAAAAUGUUAUUACCUCGAAAAGUUGUUCUAAUCCAUGGAGAUAAGGACACGUUUCACCCUCCAACAUCUACACGUAACUUUUUCUCCUUACUAGACUCUGUUGGUAUACCUGUGCAACUUAAAAUUUAUGAGGAUCUCAAACAUAUUAGUCCUUGCAUUGAUCUAAUCGUACCAACAAGAAGAUUAUGUGCGCUUUUAUUAGAAGAUAUUAAAGAAUGUUGUGAAAACAGUAGGCCAGUUAUGAUGGGCGAAGGUGAAGAGGAAUCAAUACAUGAUGUUUAUAACCGUCGUGAUCGAAUUAGAACACGAAGAAGAAUGGCUUUGACUCGAUAUUAG